AUGAGGGGAAGUUAUUUUACUCAGACGAUAAAACAUGCUCAAGUCUCCAUAACAGGAGGAGCAGCAAUAAAAUGCCAGCAGCGGGAGAAAUCUGAAAAGCAGAAGCGUCGGCAUCAUGUGGAAAUUCAGGGACCAUUUCAUCGGGAUACAGAGCAAGUCGUAGACAUUAAGAAAAUGAGGCUGGUAGCUUACUGUCUAGAAAGGGUAGGCUGCAAACGGAAUUCUAACCUGUUGGACACGCUGCAACAAAAAGAGGCAAUGACUGGGGUGGAGAAAUCUUCUGGCUGGCCUCAGCGGCCCCCACCUCUGGGAGCAGCGCCCCCGCACCCUUCCGGCCCGGGGCUGCAGUACCGUCCCCGGCCGGCAGAGGCGCUGCGGGGCGGCGCCAGCGCGUUCCCACAGGUCGCGGCGGAGGCUGCGCCCCCUCCCCUGCCCGCUUCCUGGUCCUCGGGGUGUGAGGGCCGCGGCCUGGGACUCCAGACCCAGGGGCUGCGGGUGUCCUCGGCGGCCGCCGCAGCGUCCGCGGCGACGUCACGGUCCUCGCGGCCUCGCAGCCAGCGCUCGGGCCGGCCGCCGAAUGCCCGUGGACGCGCAUCUCCUCCCCGAGUUCCUGCUUCCCGGGCCAGCCAAAGCCGCAGGGAACAGCAUGGGCCCUUGCCUGCUGUGAGCGCCUCAAAGAAAGAGCAGAGGACAGGGCUGAAGAGGCACCUGGAUCAAGGAAUGAUAAAGAAUAUGGCUGUUGCCCCUAAAUUCUACAAGCAUGGCAAGAAGCUGGCUGGUGUAGCAGAAAGCCGCAAUGGACAGGAGAGCACUGUGCACAAGAGUGAGGCCAGGUCCCACAAAGUUCCACAGGAGCAGGGAAGUUCUCGGGGAACUCAUGCGCCUAGCCAGCAGAGAGAAUGGGCAAUUCUGCCCAAUGUUCCAGUGAAAUUGGAGCAGCAACCAACGAUUUCUUUUUCCCGGGCACCUCGUGAUCCAUCUGUCAGGUUCAAAAGAUUUUCAAGUGUGACCCUGCAACACAGUGCUACCCCUGGCCCUCUUCUUCUGCAGCCACAGGUCCCUAAUGCCACCAAGCAGGAUUCUGUUGUUGCUCUCUUAGAGUGGCAGAGGAAGCUGGAGGCUGCAGAGGGCCUGUUGGCCCUGAAAAACUCUUCUAAGGAUCCUUGCGUUUCUGCCUCUCUGCACCACCAUGGCAUCAUGCCAGGUGAUAAUGGAGAGAGAGGACCGCAACCUCCUAGUUCCCGCCUGCCACCAAAGCCUGCCAGCUCUGUCUCACUUUCUGGACAUCUGGAGUGCAUGUCCUACUUGACCUGAGAGCCCGGAGUAGGAGGCCUCUCUAGAGCACUGCCUGUGUGGUAUCCAGUUUCAUGUCUAAAAUGAAUAACAUUUGUAAAUUGUUUAUUUUUGAAACAAGUUCUCAUGUAGCCAGCCUGGCCUUGGAUUCAGUAUAUAGUUGACAAUGACUUUGAACUCCCAAUCCUUCUGCCUCCACCUUCCAAGUGCUGGGACUACAGGCAUGUACCACCAUGCCUGCCUUUAAAAAAUUAUUAUUUUAAGUGUUAAAGAAUUUUAUAAACUUUCAGACCCUUUUUAUGAUAUAGGGAGUCUACUUGACUGAAGAUCGAUGCUGAACUAUACCCAUUAUUAUUUGGAAUAAUUGUUUUUUAUGAUUCUUAGAAAACCAGUAUUUUGUGACCCAAUGUGAUCGAUCAAUGGGAUUCUGAGUGGGUUUGCAUGUCAGUGUUUUCAUUUGUCCUGUGAUUGUAUGUGCACUGGCACACUCCUCUGUAGAAUCAUCCAUGUGGAAUCCUGAAGAUUUGUCACUGUGUCUAGGCAUAUGUGUGUGAACAAAUAAUAAUAAACAUGA